AUGCCGGAGGUAAUAAUAAUAAUAGAAGGAAUAAAAGAGGAAAUAGCCCGCUAUCUGUUCAAGAGCCUAAAGUAUCUCUUCCAGCAAAGAAACCAGCUUGUUGCCUCCCUGGAGAUGGAAGGCCUUUCCAUUUCUCUUCUAAACCCAAAUUACAACGGAAUAUCGCCGAACGAGCUGAAGUGCCGAGAGUGCUUCAUAAAGAUAUCCAAGGCCAAGCGCAUCAUUCUUUUGAAUGAAAUAGAGCACAGGAGAGAAGAGUACUUCACAGCCGAGUACAGCACAGAGACAAAGUACGUUCUAGUCGUGCAGGAGCCAGGGGAUGAGACAGGAUAUGCUGCACAGUAUGCAGGAAAUGAGGAUGCAAUGACAGCAAACAGUGCACACAGCAUGGUAAGUACGGAGAAUGAGCCAGUGAGCAGCACACAGAGCAUACAAAUAGGAGGGCAUGUGUACAGACACUGCAAAAACUAUAAGGAGAAGCUGCUGGUCCUUCUGUGCAUGAUAAAGAAGGCGAUCAUCAACUGCAACAAGCUAAGGAUAGUGAACAAGCUCUUCCUUCUCACAAGAUUCACCAGUCUGUGCGUAAUAAAUAGCGGAUACUCUCUUUUCUUCACAGCAGAUGCGCAGGCCCUGGAAGUUCUUAGAGCUCUUCUGCAGAGCAUAAAGAGCAAGUAUGUGCUGUUUCUGUUCUCAGGAAUGUGUGCGGUAAAUAUCCUUCAGGCGCACGGCAUCACGCAGAUCAUAAAAACAAAAAACAAAAUAAUAAACACAGCGAUCAAGGGGCGAACCCAGAGCACUCCUGUACAUAUCACAGAAAUAGAGAGCACCGACCCGCAGAGCAUCCUAGCGGCAGUGGAGAGCAUGGAAAAAGUCCUCCUAGUGGCAGAUGUGCAUACAAUCAGGGCAGUUGUAAAAUACGUGAAGAAAGAAGAUGCAGAUGUAAAGAUAAGCCACACUACGCUAAUAAAGCUGUCUGUACGAGGAACAGAGGUAACGGAAAGAAAAUACGACGUUAAGUAA